AUGUGCAAGGCUCUUGAGGGUCUGCUCGUGUUGCUAUAUUUCGUCGAUAUGACAGGUUUUCUAACCUGUGUAUACUCAACUUUGACGAUUAAUAUCUUGUUUCGGGAAGCAAAACGACCUUUUUCUGCCAGAUUUGUUCAUUUUGUGUAAAAAUUACGUCGAAUGAGACCAAUUUUGUAAAAAUUAGAGGUGAUGGAGGUAUUCUGGUAAUUACCGAAAGAAAUGUGACAAUUUUCUUAAGUUUAUAAGCGGAGUAAACAGAGUUGAGCACGAGUAUUUUGUAUGCUGUUUCAUUUCGUAUAAAGUGAAUGGAGUUGAGGCAAGGUUCGACCUUUCGCAUAUUGGCAUAUAUACGUAAGCUCUAUACGUAACACGCGUAGUUACGUAUAAGGUAGACGUCCAUUUGGAUUCAUUUCGAUUGAUGCAUGCAAUUCCGAAUGAUUCGCAAUACGUUUACACUAACAUGGAAAAAAAGUUGAUUAUGAGAAAGAAACUUGAUUAUAAGAACAAGAUCAUCUUGGCACCCAUGGUGCGCAUUGGGACCCUCCCGAUGCGUUUGCUUGCCCUGGAUUACGGCGCAGAUAUAGUUUACACUGAGGAAUUAAUUGACAGGAAACUACUUCGUUCGGUGCGUCGAGAGAAUGAUGUCUUAGGUACCAUUGAUUAUAUCGACAAGACGGAUGGUACCGUAGUAUUUCGUACUUGUUCUCGGGAACGAGAGCACAUUGUUCUUCAAAUUGGUACAUCCGAUCCAGCGAGAGCGGCUCAAGUUGCUCGUAUGGUGGAAAAUGAUGUUGCAGGCAUAGACGUUAAUAUGGGUUGUCCCAAAAAAUUUUCAAUGCUUGGAGGAAUGGGUGCUGCUCUUCUCUCUGAUAUGGAAAAAGCGACUGAUAUUUUACGGAAGUUAAUAGAGACAGUAACUAUACCGAUCAGUUGCAAAAUACGCGUUCUGCCUGAUCUUGAGGAAACUCUUCGGCUUUGUAAUACCCUUGCUUCCACUGGUAUCGCAGCCAUUGCCGUUCAUGGUCGUACUAUCGAGGAGAGACCACAGCAUCCCAAUCGCAACCAUAUUCUCAAACAGAUUUCGACUGCACUUUCGAUACCGGUUAUUGCGAAUGGCGGAUCCAAAGAUAUUCAAAAACAUUCCGAUAUACUUAGAUUUAAAACAGAAACGGGGUGUAGUAGCGUAAUGCUCGCUCGCGCCGCUGAGUGGAAUUGCUCGGUAUUUCGUAAAGAAGGUUCUCUUCCGAUGGAAGAUGUUAUAAAGUCGUAUUUAAAGUAUGCAAUUGAUUGCGAUAAUUCACCUUCUAAUACAAAGUAUUGUGUACAGAAUAUUUUACGGGAACUUCAGGAAUCUCCUUUAGGCAGAAAAUUCCUUGAUGCGCAAACACUGGAACAAAUAUGUGAAGUGUGGGGAUUAGAUGAUUAUUGCCGAGCAAAAAGUAAAGAGUUUCAAAAUAAAGGUUUAUUGGGCCGCUUUCAAAUAACGCCAGAAAUUCUCGAUAAAGAUAUAGAUAAUAGUAUUUCUCAUAAAAGAAAAAUUCAAGAGGAAGAUGUUUCUUUGAUGCGUUGUGCUUUUUUGAGAAACAGUUAUGUAACAGAUUCGGAUCUGCCAAAAACUAGGCUACUCAAGUGGACCAAGGAAAAUCGUAAAAAAAUGCCAAUAUAUAAUACUCGGCAAGAAAAUAAGCUUUUUUGUUCUGUUGUUACUGUGGAUGGCAGGAAAUACGGUUCUUCUUUUUGGGAAAAAAAUAAAAAAUGGGCCGAACAAGGUGCUGCUUUGGUAUGUCUCUAUUUUUUGGGAAUUAUUGAUGAGAAAAGUCUUACCGCUAGUGGUAACAUUCUUUGAUGAUAAUAUCUGUUUUAUUUCAUUUAAUUUAUCGUUCUAUCAAAUUUUCAUCUAAUGAAAUUCUGUUUUGUGAUUUUGAUUAUACAUGAAAUAAUCAAAAUUUCAUAAAUUGAUAUUUUACAUGUGUCAAUUUACUCUAUUAAAGUGAGAAAGCGAGUGAAAUUCAGCGCAGAAAAUUUUGACUUAGUGUCAUUAAGAUAAAAGUAGGGACUUAAGAGAGAACAAGUUCCUCUCAAUAUGAAUAUUAAAAUGUAUGUAUUUAAACAAUAUUUUAUAUGAAUAUAAAAGAUACAUAUUCUUAUAUUCUAAAUAAAUAAA